CUAGUCUAACCUUGACCAUACAUAGAUUUGUAGUGAUGCAAUGAAAAGAUUUAUUUAAAUAUUAUAUAAAUUACCUACCAGUCCACAACUUAAUAAUAAGAAUCAUGGCAAACUCACGGCCCGCUUUUAACUAUAAUGAUGAAUCUCAGUCGGAUAAAUUGGCCAGGAAGUCUAAGGAUUCUCCUUUCAUGAUUAUAGGUAUCUUAGGACUGAUUGGCGUUUGUGGUGUGGGGGCGUAUAAAUUCAAAACACGAGGUAAAAUGAGUACAAGUGUAUUCCUCAUGCAGUUGAGAGUAGCCGCCCAGGGGACCGUGGUGUCUUGUCUGACCAUAGGUGUGGCAUACACAUUAGCCAAGCAACAUCUAUUUAAGGAUACUAAAAAAGAUUAAUAAAUACAAACAGUGGUAAGCUUUCCUUGUUAGUAUGGACUGUAGACU